ACGACCUCAAACAUCCACGUCAGAAGGCUAUAAGGGGUGCCUUUGUAAAAGAUCUGAUUAUUAAGUGCUGCUUGCCACUCUCCAUCGUUGACAACGAGGACUUCAAGCACUUGCUGCAUGUCCUGGACCCUCAGUACCGGCCCAUAGCAAGAUCCACAAUUUCCUCUGUGACCAUUCCAGGAAUGGUGGAAGUCAAGAAAGAACAGAUAAAGAACCAGCUGGCAGAAGCAUCGAGUGUUGCUGUUACCACGGACAUUUGGAGUGAUCGAAAGAUGCAGUCAUUCCUUGGAGUGACAGCACACACAGUGGCAAUGGAUAAAAAAAACAGGAACUCAGCCUUCAGUCAUAUCUUCUUUCCUGCAAAAGAGUGCAUGGGAAACACUCAGGAGAGAAGAUUGCAAUGAUGUUUGAAUGCUGUGCUGAAGAAUACCUGAUUAAGGACAAGAUCAACUUUGUCAUAACUGACAAUGCAUCCAACAUGAGAAAAGCUUUCCAGGCCAGCUUUCCCCUAGAGGAUCCUUGUGAUGCUGAAGCUCAUGAUCCCAGCACAUUUGAGGAGGAUGAUGAAAUAUGGCAAGACCUGAUGCCAGAAGAUCAACAGACAGUCAAUGACACUUUGGCUGAGAACUGUAAGAUGCAGAGACUAUCAUGCUUCACACAUUCACUGCAGUUGGUCAUAAAAGAUGGUCUGAAAGACAACAGUGGGCUGUCAAGCACCCUAGCAAAGCUAUCCCGUGCAGCCAACCUCCUCCACAGUGGCACCUCGUUUAAAGACUGCUUUGAAGCGUGUUUUGGUGAUGCAACAAUUCCAACAGCGAAUGCCACACGAUGGAAUUCCACUCUGAAGAAGGUGAAGGCUUAUGUGCAUUUAGACAUGCAAAAGCUGUCCAGUGUGUUGGAAUCAGAGGGGCACAAAAGCCUUAUCUUAUCCCCGCGAGAGUAUGCUCAGCUUAAAGAACUGAUCAAAGUUCUUGAUCCGUUCUUAGAGGCAACCAACCUAACUCAGGGUGAGACUACUGUCACCGUCAGUGUGAUUGUCCCCUGUGCCCUCACUCUGCGCUGUUACCUACAGGAAAUAAGAGGAAAAGCCAGAUACUGUGGGCCUCUGGUGAGAGCUCUGGAGAGCUCCUUGAAAACAAGGUUUGCAGAGGUUUUCAGUGCAGUCAAGAUACCAGGAUGUGAGCCGGCUGAAGGAAGAGGCCCCACCAAAUUUCCUUUCACCAAUGCCUACUUCAUAGCAUCUGUGUUGGACCCAGCAUUUGGCUUCCAGCGGCUAGAACAUGAUGUGCAGCUGGACAGUGACGUCAAAGAUGUGCUGAAGACUGAGAUCAAAGAGUAUAUAAAGGCAGAGGGUGACAAGCAAGCGGUAUCAACAGCAGAUGCAGCGGAAGCAACAGGACCAGGGGAAGGUGAACUUUCAGAGUCUCCUCCUGAGAAGCAGUUGAGAAUGUUCUCCCACUAGAGGAGGACUCCCUCCUCCACCGAGAAGAAGCCGUCUGGCCAGGCUCAGUUGACUGCAUACCUCAACUUGAUCGCUGAGCAGGACUCUGACUCAGUCCCGUGCCUCAGGUUUUGGCAGCAAAACAAAUCCAAAUUCCCUACCCUCUAUCAGAUUGCCACACAGGUAUUCUCUAUCCCUGCCUCCAGUGCACCCAUUGAAAGGGUAUUUAGUCAUGGAGGCAUUUUGAUGAGGCCUCACCGUGCAAGGUUGAGUAGUUCCAUGCUGUCAGAUCUUAUGUUUUUGAAAUGCAACGUGUAUGCUUAAAACUAGUGCCACCAGCCUUUUGUUCCUAACUAUUCCUGAGAGACAAUGUCUUUUGACUAGUUUUUAUGAAUGUAUUGUAUGCUGUGGAACUUACUUCUGUAUACUGUUUCCACCAUUUGCUAAUAGCAUGCUAUUCACAGCUAUCAAUGUGUUUUGAAGCAAAUCCAAUGUUCAGAAUGUCAAAGAAAUUCAGACUGUUCUAAAAAUGUGUGUGUGCGCGCAUGCUUGCGCGUGCAUGUGUGCGAGUGUGUGGGUGUGCAUUUGUUUGGCUAUCGUGUCACAAAGUAAAUAAACUCCCUUUGAAA